AUGGGGCCAGAGGAGCUCUUUGGAGGUCAGACUCCCAAAGGUUCCUGUCUGGAGUCGGUGAAGUUUGCCAUUGAUACUGGUUACCGCCAUAUUGAUGGUGCCUUUGUCUACUACAAUGAGCAUGAAGUGGGACAAGCCAUCCAGGAGAAGAUUGCUGAAGGAAGGAUCAAGCGAGAAGACAUUUUUUACUGUGGCAAGCUGUGGAGUACCUGCCACCCUCCAGAGAUGGUGCGCCCCACGCUUGAGAAAACCCUGAAGAUCCUGCAGAUGGACUACGUUGACCUCUACAUUAUUGAGCUGCCAAUGGCUUUCAAGCCUGGAGAUGCAAUCUACCCAAAAGAUGAAAAUGGAAAAAUUAUCUACCAUGAGACAGACUUAUGUGCCACUUGGGAGGCUAUGGAAGCAUGUAAAGAUGCAGGCUUGGCAAAGUCUAUUGGAGUAUCCAAUUUCAACCGCAGGCAGCUGGAGAUGAUCCUGAACAAGCCAGGACUUAAGUACAAACCUGUCAGCAACCAGGUUGAAUGCCAUCCCUAUUUCACCCAACCCAAACUCCUCGAAUUUUGCAGACAACAUGGCAUUGUUAUUGUUGGAUACAGCCCACUGGGAACCUCAAGGGAUGAAACAUGGGUAAACGUGUCCUCCCCGCCUUUACUGAAGGAUCCUGUGCUGAAUGCCAUUGGCAAAAAGUACAACAAGACAGCUGCACAGGUUGCUUUGCGUUUCAGUAUCCAGCGAGGGGUGGUGGUCAUCCCAAAAAGCUUCAAUCCACAACGCAUCAGAGAGAAUUUCCAGAUCUUUGACUUCUCCCUCACUGAGGAAGAAAUGAAAGCAAUUGAAGCCCUGAACAAAAACGUUCGUUACGUGGAACUGUUAAUGUGGCGUGACCAUCCAGAGUAUCCCUUCAGCGAUGAAUACUGA